AUGCCAAAGUCAGUGACACUCACACCGGCUGAUGGAACCAAGGGAUCGAUAACACCUGUGAUAAAAAUGCUGCCAAACACCAUGCAAGGAUGCCGUCAGAUGAAUAUAAUUUGUAAAACUCCAGCUGGUUUCACCAGAUCGAACAUGAUCUUCAACGGAGUUGCUCCAGCGAAAGCCGGCAAAGACGUCACAGCUCUGGUGUCGUGCUUCCAAUCUUCAUGGCGCACCUCCCUUGCAGGCUCAUAUAUCUAUGUGAACAGUGUGAAAUGCAGAGGGACGAACGAUUCUGCACUGCAAUCUACAUAG